GAAAUUUUUGUCGCUCACGGAUGGCUAACCUGCACUCCAAUGUUUAUCUGCUAUUGCCAGUGUGCUGUGGCGAGCGCCGUGAUCCUUUUUCGAAACGUCGCUAUUCGAACUCGUCCGGCAUAGUGUGAAAACAAAAUGGGUAUCGACAUCGAUCAUAAACGAGGGCACAAGGCCAAGCGGACUGCGCCUAAGUCCAAAGAUGUGUAUCUGUUAUUGUUGGUUAAGUUGUACCGUUACUUGGCUCGCCGUACCCGUUCUCAUUUCAAUAAAAUCAUAUUGAGACGUCUGUUUAUGUCGCGUAUCAACAGGCCACCAAUAUCAUUGACAGCUAUCGCAAAGAAGAUGAACAAGAUCAAUGAUGAAAAGCGUAUUGUUGUUGUGGUCGGCACCAUCGUUGAUGACAAGCGAUUAAUGAAAACACCUAAACUCACAGUUUGUGCACUACGUGUCACGGCUGGAGCUAGAGCUCGUAUUUUGAAAGCUGGUGGUAAAAUCAUGACUUUCGAUCAAUUAGCUUUGAAAGCCCCUACUGGAAAAAAUACAGUUUUGUUACAAGGAAAACGCAACUCUCGUGAAUCAUGCAGACACUUUGGUCCAGCUCCAGGUGUACCUCACAGUCACACUAAGCCUUACGUUCGCUCUAAAGGACGCAAGUUUGAACGUGCUCGUGGUAGAAGGCGUGGUUGUGGUUUCAAGAAAUGAUCACCCUAUCUUUUUACUCUAUUAUAUUUUUAUUAUAUACUGUGAAAAUAAAGGGACUUUUGUUGUCGACAAAUACACUUUA